AUGCGACCUUUGGGCUCUCUCCGGAGCUUCCCCCGCAUCGUCGCUGGCAGACCGCGAGUUUUCGCCGGCCGUCCGAACAACAUUCUGAAUGCUGCCAGCGUAGUAAGGAGCAAUGGCAGCCAGAAUCCCAGAAGAAAUGCCAGCUCUACAUCCUCUAGUGCAUCCUCGUCUCCCUUCUGGAAUACCACCAAGGCCGUCCUCGUAUCGGUGUUCGCUGCCGGCCUGGGCUACACGUACGCCGUGUCUAGCCAGGGGUCUGGUUCCAAAGAGCCUCGAUAUGGCUCUGCCCAAGAUUUCCAAAAGGCUAUUGCCGAACUACGCGAGAAACUAGGUGAUGAUGCUAUCAGUACGGACGAGGACAACCUCCAGGAGCAUGGGUUUUCGGAAUGGUCCUCCAUAAAUUCAGAUACGCUACCAUCUGCUAUCGCCUACCCAGAGUCUACCCAGGAAGUGUCGGAAAUAGCCAAGAUCUGUUCCAAGUAUAAGGUGCCCAUGGUCCCGUACUCCGGAGGAUCCAGUCUCGAAGGUAACUUUUCCUCCCUUCACGGCGGGUUGACGGUUGAUUUCAACAGAAUGGACCGCAUUCUCCAGCUGCACAAAGAAGACAUGGACGUCGUCGUUCAACCAGCCAUCGGGUGGAUGGAUUUAAACGAGAAGAUCAAAGAUAGUGGUCUCUUUCUCCCUGUCGACCCUGGUCCGACAGCAAUGAUUGGCGGUAUGGUUGGCACCAAUUGCAGUGGAACAAACGCCGUACGCUAUGGGACAAUGAAGGACUGGGUAAUCAACCUUACCGUCGUCCUUGCUGACGGGCGCAUCAUCAAGACACGGAGACGGCCCCGGAAGACAUCCGCUGGUUACAAUCUGACAGGAUUGUUUGUCGGCUCGGAAGGAACACUGGGCAUGGUCACAGAAGCUACGCUCAAGCUGACGCCUAUUCCGCAAGAGACUCGCGUCGGAAUUGCUGCGUUCAAAACGAUCCGUGAUGCCGCAUCCACAGCCAUGCAAGUUACACAAAGUGGCAUUCCCGUUCAGUGUAUGGAAAUCCUCGACGAUGUGCAGAUGAAUGUGAUCAACCGAGCCGGUGGUACUGGGCGUGACUGGAAAGAGCUGCCGACCCUGUUCUUCAAAUUUUCCGGUUCCACCGCCGGGGUGGCCGAUAGCAUCAACCUAACCAAAGCCCUGGCUAAGAAAAACAAUGCCGACUCAUUUGAAUUUGCUCGUGACGAGCGGGAAGCCCACGACCUAUGGUCCGCACGAAAACAGUCGUUAUGGAGCAUGCUGGCAUUGCGAAAGCAGGGAUCUGAAGUUUGGUCGACGGAUGUGGCCGUCCCGAUCUCGAGAUUACCGGAUAUAAUCGAACACUCCAAGAAGGAUCUGAACGACCUUGGCAUCUUUGCCAGCAUCCUAGGACACAUCGGCGAUGGCAACUUCCAUUCGAGUAUCAUGUAUGACCGGCAUGACCCAGUAGAGAGAGAACGCGUGGAGAAGGUGGUCCAUGACAUGGUCGGGCGAGCCAUUGAUAUGGAGGGAUCCUGCACUGGCGAGCACGGCGUCGGCAUGGGAAAAAAGGAGUCCUUGCGGAAGGAGUUGGGACCAGCCACGAUUGGCGUGAUGCACAGUAUCAAGCACACUCUUGAUCCGAACUGGCUUCUGAACCCCGGUAAAAUCUUCGACUUUCAAGACAGAGCAUAG